UUGUCCCCGGAGCAGCUGCACCUCAAGGAGGCCCUCACCCGCGAGCUGCUCGCCGUGCUGCAGUCGCUGAGGGCCGGCCGCUGCUCGCUGUCAGGGAUGCUGCUCUACGAGCUCCACUGCACCCUGGCGGAGAGGUGUCGCAGGGACCCGGGGCUCUGGCCGUCCGUGGCCGCCGAGGCACAGGACGCCGUGCAGGUGGCCUUCGAGAUCCUCGGCGAGGACAACGCGGCGCCGGCGGACCUCGGCGAGCUGCUCGAGCGGUCCAAGCUCCUGCCCCGCGAGCCGCCGCCACUCGCGGCCCCUUCGGCCCCCGCGCCCCGGGCACGCACGGGGAGUGCGGGCGGAGCGCCGGACCCGGAGCGCCCGGAGCCCAUCAUCUGCCUCUAGCCAGGCCUCCGCGUCGCCAAGAGGGCGGCCGUCUCCUAUGUUACGUGUGCCUGUGUGCCAGGGUCUGGUAGCAGACCCCUCUACUUGGACAAAAUAGCCAGCUGGGCUGGACCCAUAGACUCGGAACUCUGACCGAGGUGUCAUUGUUGUUGCGGUUGCCGAGCUGGCCCGCAACACUUUCUCAGUUUCCCUUCCCUCCCACUCACCACCCGAAGUGUAUUUGUUUACUUGAAAAAUCACACAAAAAAUAAAAAUGAAAAAAAUGAACUACACUACGAGCAAGUCGAAAUGCAGCUAACCCCGACCCCUCAUCCAUCUAAUCGAAAGGUAAUGUGCACAGAGUGUCAUCGCUGUCGGCUGGCGCCAACGAGAAGUGCCGAAAAGAACCUUCUAACAACCCCGUUUGCCUGGUGUCCUCGCGGACAGCUCCGGGGCCGGCCUCGCCAUGAGCCUCAAGGCUGUCCGGAAGUGGGAGAAGGCCGUCCCGCAGGGCCCCAAGCCCGACAACCUGACGGUGUUCAAGGGCCCGCCGCCCAAGCCCUUCAUCCCGACCUACGAACGCACCGCGCUCCGCCCCGACAUCAAGAUGCUCGUGAGCAUGGACUACCGCCGCCAGUGGUUCCAGGAGUGCGGCAAGUUCCACAAGUUCACUUACCCGCGCGCCGAGAGGGGCGUGCUGCAGCGCAAGCACGUGCCCAAGGACGCCUGGAAGAAGACUCCGGCCUGCAUCAACGCGCCGCCCCCGCCCCUGCGGAAGGCCAAGAGGUGGGCCAGUGUCACUGCUAAAGUCGAUUCAGGCCUGGGUGAUCUGGCCAGUCAGCUGGGCCAGCUGGUGCCUCAGUGUGGGACAUGCCAAGAAUUCCAUGCCGCCGCUGAAAAAUGUCCUGCUACAAAACUGUGUGAUAUUCGAAAAAUAACUGCCACUGCACUCAAGUCUAUGGACUGAUGGGAAUCACUUAAACAGUUCUGCAUUUUAAAUUCCCAGAUGUGGAAGAUUAUUUAUUUACACAAAUGUUCAACAUGUCCAGUACAGUAAAUAAAAGAAAUAACUUAA